CAUUCGUUGACCCGGAAGCAAACAUCAUGAAGCAGUCAAGGAAGGAAAGCGGUCAGGAAGUCCCGGAGGAGUGCCUUGCGAAGGUCAUCGGCCUGACCUCGCCUGCCGACGCCUGCCGCGCCACCGCGGUAUCCGCGGCCUUCCAGUCGGCGGCAGACUCUGACGCCGUGUGGGAGAGGUUCCUGCCGCUGGACUGCGACGCCGUCCUGGAGCGGGCCGUCCACCUCGUGGAUUCCUCCUCCAAGAAGGAGCUCUUCAUGGACCUCAGCGACGACCAUGUCCUCCUCGACGGCGGCAAGAGGAGUUUUGGGCUCCACCGAUCGAGCGGCGCCAAGUGCUACAUGCUAUCUGUGAGUGAGAUGGGAAUCGCUUGGGUUACAGCAGAUCUGUACUGGAUAAAGAGGUCGGACCCAGAUUCAAGGUUCUCCAAGGUGGCAGAGCUCAUGUCAGUGUGCUGGUUCAGCAUCUCCGACCGCAUCAGCAGCAAGGAGCUCUCACCGGGCACCCAAUACGCGGCCUACCUUGUGUACAAGCUCACUCAGGACGCAUCCGGUCUCAGCUCCCCACGGCAGAUAUCGUUCAUUGAGGUAGGUGGGCAGCUAGUUGGGAGCAUCCACCCGGCGUCUCUCCAUCCCUGCGACCGUUGUUCCUGCGCCACACGUGAUGGCGAGUCGUCAUCGUCGUCGACGACGUCCACAACGAACGUUGCCGCCGUACAGGUGCACGAGCACAUGAAGGAUGAAGGAGGCCUCAUUGUCAGGUACCCGCGGCAACGGGUCGACGGCUGGUUGGAGUUCGAGAUAGGUGACUUCCACACAGGUGAUGAAGCCGCGGCUGCAGUAGACGUUUUGAUGGUGCUGCAAGAGCUUGAGGAGCUGCAGUGGAAGAAGGGGCUCAUCAUCGAAGGCAUUGAGAUAAGGCCGAGAAACUAAAUAAAUAAAAUGAUGAUUAUAGGUCCCUAACAUAUAAUACCAGAUAUGUCAGGGAUUGGGGUGGCUUGCUAGGAAAUUCAUGUCACGCUUUGGAUGUCGAGCAGGAUCUAAUUAAUGUUUGCUUUUCAGAAGUGUCCUGCUCAUGAGUUUCCUUUAUGGUGCAAUAUAUAUAGUUGUGUGCAUCUAUACAGCCAAUAUACUAAAUAAACAAUUUGCUGCCUACAUCAGCUAUCGAUGGGUGGCAACAGAUCUGAUGUGUACCGAAUGAAAUGAAACGUUGUCCAUAUAUUUCGCCC